GAUAUGGUUUAAAAGAUUCUGAACUUCAAGAGGAACUCAAACACGAAACUCAGGAAGUUGAGAAGGGAAGAGUGGUGGAAGCUAAUCUUCUUAGAAAAAUAGAAUCACAAGGUGCAGAAAUAAUGGACUAUGAACUACAGUCGAGCGGCUUUGAAAAGGAGAAAAAAGUAUUUACCACCAAGCUAGAGAGCUUGGAGAAUGAUGUUGAUUGA